GUAACGGGCAACGGAGGAACAGAGGCAGUCAGGGGGAAUUCGACGCGUCUAUGCAUCUGUGGAGGCCACCAGCUGCAGCCUAUUUUCCCGGAGCCAGGCCGCGAGGGAUGCAAGUGCCGGCUUUUCCUAGUCGGCGCGCUCCCACGGCACCGGCGGCUGCGGACGGCGGCUGCGUGUCCCUUGCUCGUGCUGGCCGCGUGCGCGCUGGCCGUGCGACAGGCGGCGUGCCAACCGAGCCGCUCCAUGGGGCCCAAGCUGGUCGACCUGUCAUACGUGUUCGACAAGAACACCGUCUACCCGUCCCCGGCGGCAAACUUCUCGCUGGACGUCCGCUACCGAAAGACCAAGCACGGAGUCCGGUACCAGGAGGAAAACCUGUGCUCAUCGACGCAAGGUGGCACGCACGUGAUCGCGCCCCGGCAUCUGCUCAAGGGCCGCUGGUCCGUGACCGACCUGCCGCUCAACCGGCUCGUGGUGCCCGGCGCGGUCAUCGACAUCGCCAUUCACGUUUUGCGCAGCCGCGAUUACCGGCUGCGCAUCACGGACGUCAUGCGCUGGGAGGACAUCCACGGACGGCUUCCUCAGGGAUGCGUGCUCUUCGUGCGCACGGGCUGGUCCCGGUACUGGCCCUCCUGGUACAAGUACCACGGACACCCGGCGGCGGCUGGCAACGGGACGUUGUCCUACCUGCCGUUCGACACGAGGCCGCACCACCCGGGCGUCCACCCGGACACGGCCACGUGGCUAGUGUCCAAGCGGAAAGUGUACGGCGUGGGCAUCGACGCCCCGUCCCUGGACUACGGGCCCUCCAAGGAUCUCGGAGCGCAGCACGUCUUGCUCGCGGCCAACGUCUACGGGCUCGUGAAUGUGGCCAACCUCCAGGAACUGCCGUCCGUCGGAUCGACGCUGUUCGUCUUUCCCAUGAAGAUACGAGGAGCUGGAGCCGCUCCCGUUCGAAUAUUAGCUGUGGUACCUUGAAUCAUAAGCGGGUGUGUGACACUCCUUUCAGCCAGUUGCGGCGCUAAAAUGCGCUUGAGGCCAAAACGGAGUGGCAAGCCUGGAGUGAAGGCCUGCCACGAUUGCCCGCGUUUUCCAGAAUCGCUGUGGUCGCGUCCGCACGCCGUUGCAAGCUUUCCAUUCGCAACACUCAGCGAAGCCUUCAAAUGGAGGACAUAGAAUAUGGUCGCGUUUUCAUAAUAAGACUGGCACCUGCUAUAGGCACAUGAGACAACUAGCCCCAAUUGCACCAUUGUGGACUUGUUGCUACGGAACUGUUCUGCAUGAGUCAAACCACCCAGCACUGGCUCGCAGCUUUGAGCUAGGCGUUGUGGACCAACCGACAUAGCGUUGCCUUAUAUAAAGCUGGAAUUUAAAAAAAAAACUUAAAGGUUACCAGAUGGGCAUUUUCUCAAAAGCCCAUUGUUUUCGGCAGGUUAUAUAUCUUUUCUUCGGUAUUUUUGUUUUAAGGCGUGGAAAUAUUUCAGUAACACUGCACGUAUUGUGCUCCGAAAGAAAGAAACGAUCUGCGCAGGUGUUUUAUGGUGUCUGUCUAAAACGAAGGUGACGCUCUAAACGAUUAUUCUGGCGACCAAACUUUUAAUGCUACACUAUGAUCCGCUAAAAGAAAGUAGCUUGGCUCGCUCAUUACAUUUUGGCGCAACGCCUUCGAAUUCCCUUUCGUCCUCAGUUGUGACUUGUUCUUACUUCUGAAUAUACUGCAAUGUUUGCAUUCGAUGAAGUCACAUAAAGUGAGAAGCUUCAUACCAUUAACUAGGCUUUCUAUUGGCCUGCGAUUUGCCAUAGCUCUGACCACGUGGCAAGUUACAUCGCUUGUACUAUAUACCAUGCAUUUUCCUGGAAAGUAUGGUCACCACUUACGGUGCCGAGGUUCGAUGUUCAUGCGACGAAAACGACAUCAUCGGAUGCCUUUCAAGUGUAUGCGUUUUUAGUAGUGCAUGCCACCUAAUUCAAAGGACAGCACAGAAGCCUCACGCAUCUAAUGACAACCAUAUUGAACAUAUUUCGAAUUAUGUUUUGUCCGAAGUCAUGUUAUUUCGCUAUUUAUUUUACUCAAAAGCACAAGCAGUUCAUUUCAAGAGACUACUUCACCGGAAAUUUCUCGCCCAACAUUACAAUGAAAAUCUCGCUAUCAGGCAUGUGCUUUCAGGUGUAGCCCACGUAAAAUACUGCAAAUGUGAUCGUUUUAACCACCAAAAACAAGACCGCAUAUCUAUUCACAUACAUUAUUUUUAAUCUCACGCAAUUUGCUUUUUUUUUCUUCUCAGGAAUUUAUCACGAGUUUGGUGCCGAGGUAUAGCGACCACAGUAGUUAAGCUGAAAAUAGUGCAAUAACUUCCCGAUGACGUAUGCCACUCUACACUCGCACAGUAAACGAUCUUAACAUUUAAAAGGACUUCCUGUGGGCCAAGUUGCUACAUACUUGACAUUACAAGAAAGCACGAAAACACAGAUACAUGACAAAAAAGAAUGAAAAGGGUGGACAAGCGAUAAGCGUUGGUUUGUUUCUUUGUUUUCGUGAUGUGGUGCGUGUUUUCGCACUUUCUAACUAUGUCUUCUACUAUUACAGUUACUGUGUGCGAUGUUGCUGGUAAUGUCACGCACAGUGGUCUAUACGUGACUGCACAUGUGUUCACGUCCUAAAUGCAGCAUCAGGUUAUUUGCGAAGCAAACACAAUUCAACUGUUCUGUGCUUCGGUUGUUUGUAAAUAAAGGCCAAUUCU